UGUCUGGCAGACGAAACCGCUGGUUGUGGAGGGUUCGAGCUCUCUUUUCGGUCCAGGUUCAGACGGAAGACCGAAAUAAAAAGACAACAGCUCCUCUUCAACGGGACUGGCGAUGGAUAACAAUAAACGGACGGUGGUUGUUACAGGAUUUGGGCCAUUUGGAGAACACACAGUAAAUGCCAGCUGGGUUGCUGUACAGGAACUAAAGAAGCUUGGACUCGGAAGUGAGGUGGACUUGCAUGUGUCAGAGGUUCCUGUAGAGUAUCAAACAGUCCAGAGUUUGGUUCCUUCACUAUGGAAGCAGUAUCAUCCACUGUUGGUUGUUCACGUUGGAGUCUCAGGUAUGGCCACCACGGUCACGCUGGAGAAGUGUGGCAGAAAUCAUGGCUAUAAGGGCCUGGACAACAGCAGCUUCUGUCCCGACUCGCAGUGUUGCAUUGUGGGAGGCCCAGACUGUAUCGACUCAGUUAUUGACAUGGAAUCAGUCUGUAAGAGAGUGACCGCCUCCGGUCUGGGAGUAGCUGUGUCCGUCUCCAAGGAUGCUGGGAGGUAUCUCUGUGAUUUCACCUACUACACCUCUCUGUACCUGAGCCACGGUCGCUCUGCCUUCAUUCACGUGCCUCCUCUUGGAAAGCCUUACAGUGGGGAGGACCUGGGCCGAGCACUGAAGGCCAUUGUCCAGGAGAUGCUGGAGCUUCUGGACCAGGCCGAGGAGAAGAUCCACUGCCAGCAGCACUUCCACUAAGUGACCUCCAGGUGCCAACCAGCCUCUCCAGCCUUCACCACACAGGAGAAAUUGCACUUAACCACAAGUAGCCAAACCUCUUCUUCUUUGUAUUGGACAGAGAAAGCUUCCUUGUUUAUAAUCUGUCCAGCAUUUGUUUGUCUUUUUUUUUUUUCUUUUUUUGCUUUGCUUGAUUAUUAUGGUCUAAUGUCUCCCAAUGGUGUGAAAAUAAUUAGAAGGUUACAUGAAAAGCCACAUUGAAAUGUAACAUUUUGUCCCACUUAAGAGGAAGAUAAAAUAAUCUGACCUAUUCAGUAAAAGUAUGUGAAAAAUGUAAUGCAAAGAAAAUGGGAUAUUACAACCUAUAAUCCAUAAUGUGGCUCGUAUAAAAGCACCUUCUAGAGGGUAGGGGUUUUGAAAUAGUUACAGAAGUCACAUUUGGACAUUAAGACCCUGCAGUUCUUAUCUCAGCAUAUUUCAUCAAAUUUUUUAAUGUUUCUCAGUCAGAUUGUCUUUAAUGGGACAGAUGUUUUCAUCCAAAGGUUAAUAACUAAUUGAUGUACAUGAUACAUUAUGUUUUUAGUAGAAAUGCUUGGCAGUGAACUGUGUUUGCUCAUUUAUUUUUGCUUUUUAUCUACUUUCUAACUGUGCUUUUUCACAUUUGAUGUUGAGUUGUUUCUUUGGUCCUUUUUCUUUAUAAGAAGUUGUAAAUUUGCCUUCUUUUACAAAGGUGAUUUAAAUCAGGGAACGGGUUGGUUCCAGCUCAUAUUUCCCCACUGUUUGUCAGGCCCAACUCUGACAGAAGACAAAUCCCCACAACUGAGAUCUGACCCCAGGAUGUGCAAUGUUAUUUUACAGAUCUCAGAUUCAGUAAUUUGAAGUUGGCAGAAAUCUAUGACGGCUGGCUGUUGACUUAUUUUUAGAUUGCAGUUUGUCCUGUUCUUUUUCAAAAUUGUGUGGCUGUUAAUAUUCUUGUGAAAAUAUACAAUACAGUUAACUAAGCCUAACUUUAGAAAAGAUUUUUCUGAAACUAUCUCAAAACACUAUGAAAACCCCACAUUUUCUUUAAAGAGCUUCAGCAUUUUGAGCUCAAUUUCAAAAUCCCACUAUUUGUCCUAUUUUGUGUAUCCUUUUUGCUGACAAAAGCUUUCUGUAGUUCUCCUCAUCGAAUCAAAUCCAGCUGCUUAUUUUACCUGAAAAUUUGAUUUUAUGAAGUUGAGCUCUCAGUUCAGUCAGAGUUGGGCCAGGACUUUUAUUUAUGUAGCACUUUCCUUUUUCAUUUAACUUUAUCUGGAAUAUUAACAACAUUUUAUUCCAUGAAAAAUACAUAGAAUUUCUUUUUAAUUUUAUUUUCAGUCACUUUAAAUUGAAAUAUGUAGCUUUCAAGGCAUGCAUGCCUCCAUUUUUGGUCCCCAAUGACUAUAUUAUGGAUGUGAAAUAUGCUCUAUAUUUAGUUAUGCUUUUUGUCUCUGACCUUUGGUUUUAUCUGACCUGUUGAACAAACUGCAGAUAACUCCACAGACAUUUUAGUUUAAAAAGGUCUCCAAAAACUGUCAAAGCAAAGUAGGAAGCAAAAUACUUUGCAGCAAAGGUAACCGACCUAUUAUUUAUGUUUUAACUGAGUCUUUGAUGUACCAGUGUCUCUAUUUCUAGCAGAAAAUGUCUUUUAUUGCAGUUUUUGUACCACAAAGUAGCAUCAUUGAGCACCAAGCAGGGAGUGUUUAAAAUGUAUUUCAACAUUUGUCUUUCAACUGGCAUGAUGGUUAAGUGGUUUUAAAAACCUCUUUUGAAAUUGUUGGAACAAUGGGCAGGUUUAAUUUUGAUUUUGGGUUUGCAGUUGUUGGUAUUUUAACUGUGUGGCUUUGUGAGGGAAAGGGUUGUGGUAGAGCUACCCCCUCAAAGAAGCCUGCUAAUAAAAGUGAAAGCCUCAAAUUUACAUAUGAGGUGACCACUGAUCCUGACACUUUCCUGUGCCUUGUUGUAUUUUAAGAGUGUUUGAAAAAGGCCUUAAAAUUGCUCAGCAGUUCAGUUCAAAUGUUAUUGAUGCUGUCCUGUCAAAUCUGUGGCUACCUCAAUUUUUUUUCUUUUCCAUUUUUUAAUCUUGGUGUGUGCUCUGUGUUACAAUAACAUUAUUGGUCUGUGAAUUUGUGGAUUUGUAAAUCUGCUAAAAGAUGUCCUCUACUGACCUAAACAAAGCACUGUAACAAAAAAAGGUUAUCUUGGCUUUGUAGAAGGAAAGGCUUUGAAAUAAAGAGAAUUAAAUGAU